AUGAAUCUACUCAGAGCUUACGCAAUUUAUUUAACAUUGAUUUCAUUCAACAAUGUCUGCGCGUUUAACGUUCUGGCGAUCGUAACAUUACCUCUUAAAAGUCAUUAUAUGGCAUUCGAUAGGUUCUUCCGAGAAUUGGCGACCAGGGGUCACUCGGUCACCGUUAUGAAUAACUACGUCGAGGAAAACCCACCAGCUAACAUGACGUACGUCGAUCUAUCUCGCGAUAGGUAUCCUCCUAUCAGAAUGCCAGCUAUGUCGGCGUAUGAAGGCAUGAACUCGUUUCAUAUGCGUCUCGUGAAUACUUACAGGCAUUUUCUGAUAGGCCCACAAAAUACAGAACAGGACUGCGAGAAUUUACUGAUCAAUAAGGACGUGGCGAGCUUUUUAGAUAAGAAGCAGAAGUUCGAUGUUAUCUUCGUUGAGGAGUUCAUGAGCGAAUGCGGCGCGGCUUUCGCUGCUGCAUUGUACGAUGCUCCUAUUAUUGGAAUCACGUCGCACACGCUCCUGCCCUGGGCGUACUCCAGGCUUGGAAUCCCAUUCGAUUUCUCCUCCGACGCUUAUUACUUUUCUUCGGGUGGUAGAAACCCAUCACUGUACCACAAGAUAGAGAGUUACCUUACUGAUAUAUACAUGAAUUAUGUCCUGGAACCUCAGAUAAUACAAAUAAUUAAUGACGUAUUUAAGAAGCAUAAGCCCGGUAUUCAAGUUGAUGUUAGGAAGGCUGUGAGAGAACAAAUGAAGAUGAUGUUUGUUUAUCAACACUUCUCAGUGACAGGAGCUCGGCUUUUGCCGCCGCAGGUGAUAGAAAUUGGUGGAAUACAUAUAAAAGAGGGGAAGAAGUUGCCGCAGGACUUAGAUAUAUUUUUGUCAUCUGCUACACAAGGAGCGAUUUACGUAAGCUUCGGUUCAAAUUUGAAUGCAAGCACCAUGAGCGCAACCAAAAUCCAAGAAUUUGCAUCCGCCUUAAGCAGAAUACCACAGAAGGUGUUAUGGAAAAUAGAAAGCCCUGAAAUUAUAAAGAAUGAGAAUAUUUUGAUGCGCCCUUGGUUCCCACAGCGUGAUGUUUUGUGUCACCCGAAAGUGUUAGCUUUUGUAUCACAUGGUGGGAUGUUAAGUCUGUCGGAAGCAGCUCAUUGCGGAAAGCCGUUGCUAGCGAUACCGUUUUUCGGAGACCAAUACUCCAACGCCGCAGUUGUCGAACAGUCCGGCCUCGGGACCACAUUAUUUUUCAAUGAAAUAACAUCUGAUCGUUUAUUAGAAGCUAUCAAUUACUUGACUUCGCCGAAAUUACAAAAAAGCGCUCGAAAUAUUCAAGAUCUGUGGAAUGACAGACCUAUGAAUGUUUUGGACAGCGCCAUCUAUUGGACCGAGUACGUAGCACGUCAUCGGAGCGCCCCUCCAUCUUUACCUUCAAAACGUACCGCUUGGUUUCAGAGUGGACUAACAGAUGUCUAUAUUACGCUCGGAACAAUUCUAUUUCUAUUAAUAUUCAUGUUAAUUUAUUUAUGCAAAGUUGUUAAAGGUUGUAUAAUGUACUGUUUUAGUCCAGCAUUUAAAAAGAAGAAUGAUUAA